UCUUCCAGCUUAUAACUAACUAUAUUUGCUGCUCUCUUCUCUCAAGUUUUCUUCUAUUUCUAUAUAUAGAUCUCCGCUUAGCAGCAGCUCUAUUCAAAGACUCGAUAAUCAUCGAUCACAAUCUUCCCUUUGAGCUUGAUCUAUCGAUCUGCAGCAGAUAAACAUGGCAACAUUCUCAAAGACACCAUCUCAUUGCAUGCUCCAAGCUGCUCAAAAGUAUCAGAACGCCCGUGCCUCUUUAAUUUCACCAAUGUCUCUCGGAUCAUCCUUAAGGAGGAAGAGUGUCUCAAAAAGUUUUGGGCUGAAAUCAUCUGGAGGGUUCAGAGUUAGUGCAGCUGCAUACAAGAUCAAGCUGAUAACACCAGAAGGUGUCGAACAUGAAUUUGAGUGCCCUGAAGACGAGUAUGUGCUUGAUGCUGCCGAAGAAGCAGGAGUUGAUGUGCCUUAUUCAUGCAGAGCCGGUUCCUGUUCUACCUGUGCAGGGAAAUUGGAGUCUGGCUCUGUUGACCAAUCCGAAGGGUCCUUCCUUGACGACGGCCAGUUGAAUCAGGGUUACUUGCUGACAUGUAUUUCGCACCCAACUUCAGACUGCGUCAUUUACACUCACAAGGAAGAAGACCUCUACUGAGUGGAAAAACAAAAACCAGCUGUUGGUUUAGGUUUUGAAUAAUUUGGCAGAUGUGUUUAGAAGUUUAUCCUCUUUUCUUUGUUUGUAUCACAAAUAAUUUGGCAGAUGUUGUUUAGAAGUUUGUUCUUCAGGUUUCAAUUUUAGUUUCAUGAUUGCCUGUUUGUUAAUUUUCAUUCCAAAGUUAUGUCUUUAACAGUAAACUUUGAUUUUUUGGUUGUGGGAAUAAGAAUAAAGUGGUGGUUGUAA